ACGCUGACUGCUAGCGAUUUCUGUUUUUCUAAUAUCGAUACAGAAGUCUUCUAGAAACGCAGUGUAGUCAUUUAACUUAAUCGAAAAUGUGUUCUAUUUCAUUCAUUAAGUGGAAAGGAUUGUUUAUUACAACGUAUUGAUAUAACGUAGACUUAGAUCUAAGUCUAUUCGUCGAAUAAGCCAUGGAUUUUAACGAGUUGAUGAAUUUGGCUGCUUCAAAGCACGAGAAUUUAAAUAAAAAUAAAAAUGUCUCUCGCUACAGUCUGGAUCUUCCUGCACCUAGGAAGGAAGAUAAAGUCAAACCCAAAUCUCUAGUCAUACAAAACUUGUUGAAGGAAAAAGAAAGAGAAAAAGAGACUGCAGAGAGAGCUAAGAGAGAAAGACAGGAAGAAGAGAAUAAGAAAAACAAAUUCAAAAUCCCUAAAAAGAAACCCGAAUUGCCCAUCAUAGACAAAGAAUCUUUAAUUAACUCUUUGUUUGAUGAUGGUGAUGGUGCUAAAAAUGACAUUCCUGGUGUACCUCCUAGUGCUAUCAACAAACAUUCAUCUAAACACAAAACCCAAGAUUCACUUUCCACUUCAGGGAAAGUACAUAGUGACAUAGUACAUAGUGACAAAAAAACAGAAAAUACUCAAAACAAAUCAUCAACAGAAAAUUCUCUUAGAAAGCAUGACAAGCAUCACUCUAGUUCUGCUGAUCCAGUUGGUGCUAACAACAAGCUGAAAUCUCAGAACCAAUCCAAACCUGAAACAAAAUCCUCUCAUUUACCUAGCUCUAGUUCAAAACAUGGAUCAGUUCCCAAUGGAGAUGCAUCUGUCAACAAAGCAAAGUCACACAACCAUACAUCUGAAACCAAGUCCUCUCACCCAUCCUCUAGCUCAACAACAAAAAGUGGCUCUAUCUCUAAUGGCCUUGAUAAGAAAAAGCCAGCCGAUUCAUCAGCUAAACAAAGUGAACAGAAACCCUCAGAAAUGACAGAAAGGGAAAAAAUCCUAGCCAAGCUGCAGGCAAUCAAGCAGAGGACACUUGAGGCUAUUCAACAGGAGAAUGCUGCUAAGGGCAGACGUGUGAGAGGGGAGAAGUCUCACAGAAAGUCCAAGUCUGAUGAAAAACAAGAUGAAAAACUGAAGUCAGUUGAAAUAAUUAAAGAUAGAGAUGAUUCUGAGGAUGAUAAUGAAGUCAGUAACAUUCCAUCUGCUUUGGACAUAAUGCUUUCUGAACACAAUGCCAAGCUGGAGAAAGAAAAAAUUUCUCGCUUGGCUAAACAAGCCUGGGAAAGGGCCACGAAGAAAUCCUCAGACACAGAAGAGAAAGUGAAGAAAAAAAGUCUUAAGUCUGCCAGCAAAGGGUCCCAUUCUUCAAGCCACAAACACAAAUCUAGUCACAAAGAUAAGAAAAGUAGCUCUCGCUCAACCGAUUCACACAUUGCCAAAGUGAAACAUAAAACAAAGAUAAUCAAAUCUUCCGCUAGUGCACCUCCUCCCCUGGACUUUAAAGCUAUUCUUGCCAUGGCAGAGGAAAAGCAGAAGGCUCCGCCUAAACCACUGUUGCAGAUUCCAAAAAAGAAAAAGGAAGAGGAGGAGAGGCCAUUAACUCAGGAAGAGAAGGACAGAAAGGAGAGACAGAAAUCCAGAGAGUACCAGGAAUGGCUAAAGAAAGGGGGUCAGAGGCCAGGUACCAAAGACAAUGCAGACCCUGUAAAAGCUUCUUCAGCAGUCCCGACCAAAGCUAAAACUGUUGCCAGCACUAGCUCAUCUACCUUGCCUAAACAUUCCCAAGCCAAGCCACCCCAAUCUUCUAUGAACAACAAGGCCAGGAGCCCACCUGUUAAUGAAAACAUUUUAAUCUGUGGUCCAGAGGCAGAGAGUGAGGAAGAAGAGAAUCCAGCAAUGAGAGGCUCCAGUAAUCCAUUUGAUAAAAUUGUGCAGCAAGUUCAUAAAAAGAGACAAGGCCCAAAGGAGAAUUCAGGGAUCCCCUCAAAGAAACGCAUUAUUGACUCCGAAGAGGAAGAGGACUCUGACAUGGACAGUUUUAUUGAUGAUGGUGAUUGUGAACUGGACUACUCUAGUGAGAUACAGAAAAUGUUUGGCUACAAUAAAAACAAGUACAAGGAUGAAGAUGAAGGUGGCCUGUCAGACAUGGAAGCUGAUUUUAAAACUGUCAUGAUGGAGGAGAAGCGUAGCGCCAAACUUGGUCUGCUGGAAGAUCUGGAGGACAUCAAGAGGGAGCAGGAAGAGUUACGAAUGAAAGCUUUGAAGAAGAAAAUGAUGAAAAAAGGAAGAUAAUUAAAGAGGAUCACAUUUUAAUCCUAGCAAACAGACUCUGCCUUAAUUCUUAGGCCAACAUUGAAAGGUUGACUUUGUGAUAUAUCAAGACUGCAUUGGUCUUGGUGAAAUGAAUUCAUAAUUAUUUACUACUCUGCAUUCUCAUCUUCAAAACAAAAAUCUCAGACUAUUGGUCCAGUCAGCAGAAUGAAUUGUUUGAAUGUUCUAAUUUAUUUUUUGUUCACUGACACUUUUGUGAUGUCUUUCAUGUAAUGCAACGUUUAUUCACUUCAUUGUUUGAAUGUGGAAUUCUUUUACUUUUAUUUGAAUAGAAAUUGUAUUUUCUUAAUAAAAGUCUUUUAAACAAGUAAGGUCAUUUUAGAACAAUUGGUCUAACAUAGUUAAGUGUUCUCAAGUAGGAAACUUGGCUUGAGUUGUACAGGUUAACAUAAUGUCUUGACUGUUGUAUUUGCAUCACACUUAUAGUCUCAAAAGUUUAUAGAGACUUACAAAUAUUUGAAUCCAGUAGUUACAACACAAAUCCACCAGUUUUGUAAAGUUUGUCUUGUCAAGAUUUUUACUCCUGGAUGCUUGACAUGUUGCUUGCAGCUCUCACUUUCUUCCUAUGUAGGUGACUUGUUUAGUAACUACUGAGUGAAGAGAGUUUAAUAUGUCAUUUUCUGUGCUGAGGAUCUCACCUGGAGUUCCUGACUAUACUCUGUGUUGACAUUAAUUAGACAUGUCUAGAAACUUGGUGAUUGCACUAGCAAAAGAAAAUCCUUGGAUAUGAUUGGCUGAAGGAAAAUUUCUAAUACUGUAAUAAUGCUUAGGUGUUUUGAUAUAUUUGGACUUAGUAGUCUUUUUUUUCUUAAAUUUACAAGCAUAAUAUUUUAUUUCAAGCUAUGCACUUGAUUGCUUCAACAAAGUGAAAAGAACAUUAUUUCUGAACAAAAAAAAAAAGGAAUUGAGUGGCUCAUCCAAGUUUCAUUCAUAAGACAAUUGGUUUUUAAAAAAUGUACAGAGGAAUCAUUUUAGUCUUUUCAAAAACAAUCUGUAAACAUUAGAUGCUUCUAUGGCAGUGUGGUAUUUCCCUCCACUUUUCUUGAUUUAAUUUGUAUGCUGCAAUAUUUUUUGUUGUUUUUACAAUGAGAUCAUUGGUAUCUAAUAACUGUAGUCAUCUGUGGUUGUGGUUUUUAUCAAACUUAAUUACCACUUGCUUUACUCCAUGAGUUGAUAGCCACUGUCACUAUAUGGUAAUAGCUGUAAUGUUUACAUUUCAGCUUGAAAGAAAUAGUUCAUUUUUCUGUUUUACAAAUAGGGUUUUAAAUUUAACAAGAAUAUCAAAGCUUUCAGCAGAACAUGGCAUACAACUGAUUUAAGGUCAUUUAGUAUAGUUGAACUUGUGGCAACAUUUAUUUUAGUUAUAUUGUCCUUAGUUUUUAAAGCUGUUAGACAUGAUAUCAAAUAUGUUACAACUAGGACCCUUAUUCCCCAUCACUAGUGUCAAGUACAUAACCAACAGAGUUUGGACUUGUAAAAGCACAGAUUGAGAUCUCUAGGGCUAACUUGCUUAAUACUCCAUUGGAAGGUGUACAAGAUGGUUGAAAUCUGUGUGAAGUGUUUAGUGUUGUUUUGUCUCAGGAUUAUUCUGUGAAUGAUAAUGGCUGAGAUAUUAAAAAAAAAAAAGUAUCAUUGAUUAAAUCAUAUUUGUAAUUAGCUCAAGCAAAAUGUGAGGGUAUUUGAAGUAUGUUUGUUUACACUGAUUUGGAAGAAGAGUGAAACUAAUCACUCAAGUGAAAGAACCUCUGCUUUAUUUUAUAACAUGGAUUGGUACAUAAUAGUUUUGAUUGCCCAUUUGUUGUGUUGGUGAUCCAUGCAACAAUAUGGAAACCAGGAAAGCUCAUUAACAGCUAGUCUAUAAACCCUGAAAAUAUAUUUUAUGAAAUAUAUAAAGGACAAAUAAUUAUAUCCUCAGUUGUGACAUGCAUGCUUUUCAAACUGUAAAUUAAUAUCUUAAUUUGAGAUACUUUCAACAUUUAAGAUUAUUAUGAAAAACUUCCUGAUUCCAUGGACCAUCUUCACAAAUAUAUAAUACAAACAGUAAGAAUGGAGUGUUCAAUUGUAAACUGAGUAUCAUAGCUAUUGGCAUUAUACGUGUAUCAUAAGAAUCAGAUCAACUAUGUCAGUAUUCAGUAGGCCAAUUUCCUAAUUAAUAAUCAGCUUUUAAAAAGCUUUUGUUAGGAGUCUUAAUAAAAUGAAAUGUUAUCA